AUGCCCAAGGCAGUGAAAGGAGCGCUGCUCCAAUGCGACCCACCACAAAUGGCCAUGGUACGAAAGAUUGACCGCGAAUCCAACAACGCUUACAUUAUCGAAGAGAUUGACGACCACACAUGCUUGGUGAAGGACAACAAGGUGGAGGAGAUCAAGGCCAAGGUCAAAGACUUGAUGGACACGGCAAUGGGCAUGGAUGACGAUGAAAACGACGACAAGGACAGCGAUCUCGACUGA